CCACCCUGCGUGGUUUCAGUCACCCACCCAGCCAGGCCCAGGGCUGGUGCUCAGGACCAACUGGGAUCCAGCACAACCGCCGCUGCCCCCCUCCCCCCAGCUCCCUGUGAGCGCACCAUAUGCACAGAGGCAGUGAUUAAAGUUUGCCAAAUGUGCCACCUCCGUCCUCCCCUCUCUCCAGUCCCCCCUCCCGAGGCUGGUGGGAGAGCUCUUUGGGCUCAUGCAGCCUCGUGCAGAUCAAACCUGUAAGACAAAGGUUGGGUCUUGUGGGCCAUCACUGACAUGUCUGUGGCAUCCCGGCUCAGGCCCGGCAGCUCUGCAGCCACCCAGGAGCAGAGUAGGGGCAGAUACCCUGAGGAAUUUCCAUCUUCCCUGUACUUCUGGAUUGUCAGAGCCAGAUGGAGUCUCGGAACUCCUCUCGUUUUCACCCCCAGUCCUCUCCCCUACUGCUUCCACAAGCGCAGAGAGAAGUUAGGCCCAAGAGCUACAGAAACUCGACAGGCAACCUGGGAGUAAAGCUGGAGCUGGGGGCCAGGCUCCCCCCAUCACCAUCGCACAGCUUCCCUUAGCUUCCUCACCAGCGAGUCCAGCCAACCUGACCACUUGACAAGAUGUACAGUUUCGCUUAGCAUUGUCGCGUCCUGAAGGCUUCCAACAUGGGCAAGUGGGACCUCAGUGCAGAGGGGAGAGAAGCAAGCGUCUGGCCUACCUGGGCAGUGCUCUUCCCUGGGCACCCGCCUUCCCGGGCGAAGGGGAAGCCCUGGCACACCUGUAGGCUCUCACGGGCCUCUCGCCAUUCUCUUGGUUGAACCAGGUUUUACCUUGUGAGCCUGAAUGGAAGCCAGAUCAGGGCCCUUGUGGGGACUGGGAGGGCUGCCUCUCCUUCCUGUAUCCUCGAGCACCCAGGAAUAUUCCCAGGGGGCAGGAGAACAGCUCGAACAGACCUCCCCGCUGGCUACCAGCUGGACGACCGCCCAGCUUUGGGCUCUUACGGCUGUGGGUACUUUGCCCCCUGCCCUGCAACCUUGGGAACUCCCAUGACAAGAGAACAGUCCAGUGACCUGUGUCCACACCCCAGCUCUGCCAUUUGCUGGCUCUGUGGCCUAGAGGAAGUCCCUUCUCUCGUCCUACAGGGACUUGGCUCAUCAGGAACUCCCAGGGAGCUGUUUGAAGAGUGGUUGAUCAGGCCUCCACUGCACCUCUGCUCAGUCAGUUCUUACCAGCCAGGGCUGAGACAUCUGGGUUUUGAUAGAACUCCCGUCGUGAUUCUUCUGAGCCUUAAGCCAGCUGACCACCCUGGAGCCUCUUCUGUCCCCGGUCAUUGGACUGCCCACUCUUCCUCAGUGCAGCGACCUCUGUGGAGCACCCCCUCUGUUCCUGGCGCUGGGACUGUACAGAUGAUAAGGCCAACCCUGCCCCCAAAGAGCCAGAAAGAUAAGGCGCUCUUCUGGUCACUGGAGACAAAGCAAGGAAUAGAGCGUGAGGAUGCUUGCCUGGAGCUUCGGCUCCCAGCGGGGAGAGAGAGAGCGUGGGAACGAGAUCCACCGUGCACUGCGGAGUGUGAGGCACGGCAGGGGCCCGGGGGAGGCGCCCUGAAAUACCACGAACCGCACAGGAAAUGGGUGCCGAUGCCCGUCCUGCUCUUGCUCCCCAACCCUCGGCCUGCCCCCGAAGCAUCAGCCAGCAAGCCGGAAAGGAGAAGAGCAUGCGCUUCCACGGGACCCGAGGUGGGCAAACGGGGUCCCCAAGAAGAGCCCCCGUGAGCCCUGCCUGGAAGCUCUGCUUUUCAGAUCCUGGAUCCUCCCGGGGUGGGAAUGACCUGGAAGGUGGGCACCUGGACAGGUGCGGUAGCCAGCGGCGAGCUCCCAAACCGCCCUGUCAUUCCCAACAAAACUGUCAUUCUUGAUGUCUGUUUCCCCCUCUGGAAAAGGAGCAAAAACCAGCACCCACAACCCAUCCUCCUAACACAACCAUGUUUAAUGUGUGUUUGACACUGAGCAACAAAUAUUCUGUCCCUACUCUGUGAUGGGAAAUGAUUUCCAAGGUAUUCAUGGUUAACACAUUCAAAAGCAAUAGAAUAUAACUUUGUAGCCUGUUUUGCUUUUUUUCUUUUUUUUUUUAAGAUUUAUUUAUUCAUUCAGAGAAAGCGAGAG